AUGUCGGAUGAUUGUGACAUUUUGGGACCACUUGGAUUUUCAAUCUAAAUUCUACUGGGUGUGUUUUCAUUCUUUAUUUUGAUUUGUAAUUAACAUCUUAAGUUUAGAUAAAAGAAUUGUUGAAAAACCUAAGAGACAAUGGAAAGUUUGGGGAUUAGAUACAUCAAAACAAGGGUGUUCGUAAGUCUUUGCUCAUUUUCUGAAUGUGGCAUUGGCUAUACAUUUGUCAGGGGAUUCUGAUGAGUGUGUUUGGUAGCUAAGAUUUUAUAAUUAAAAGGUAUUUGGCCACACUGUUAUUGGAUACAACAAUUGGAGUAUUAUUUAGUUAUGUAAUCCUAAAAUUAGUUGAACUUACAUUAGAGCAUUUUUAAAUGGCAGUAAGAUAACAAUCAUUUAGAAUUAUCGUUCAGGAAACUAUUUUUUAAUUAUUAUGCCAGAUGACCAAGUUAAAAAAAAUGAAAUGAAUAAUAAAGAUAAAGUGCCAGCUGGUACUAAUCUCAUCAAGCCUAUAAUUAAAAUUGAUUUAAAAGCAUGGUUCAUUCAAUUAAUUUUGUGGAUACUAGUGGUGUCAAUUGUAAAAAUACAUUUAUUUUAUCAUAGUCUAAAUUCUUCCUUUUUCUGUUGCAAUUAGUCAUCGGUUUCAUUUUAGAGAGCAUUUCUUAGUUCAUAUUGUCUCCAUUUUCAGAUUUGGCAACCUUUAAAUUGAUUAUUGUGAUGUGUAUUAUCCCUGUGUUUAUGAAUGGUUUAUAAGUAAGGAAAUUAAGAUUUAUUUUAGUUUUGGAUUUAAGACAAUUUUCUAAAAAAGACGGAAUUCACAAUACAAGAAAAAAAAUAUGUCUUAAGUGAGAUGUAUGUAGAUGAAGAAUUAACUAACUUUGCUUAAUUAGAUAAUUUUGUUAAUAAUCCAGUAUGUAUAUUCAUCAAAUUUCUGACUUAGGAAGUUAAAAGUGACCACUGCUUAGACAAAUUGCAAAUGGAAAUGGCCAAUGUUGGAGUUGGUGUGCAAUAAAUAACUAAAGGAUACCAAAAGGCAGAUUUUGAGUGA